ACACCAACAAUGACUCAAAGUCUGUAAACUGUCCUCUCGAUGUCUCAGUCACACAUAUUGUCUUCCUUAUUCUAUACACUAUUCUUUCUAGGACUAAUAAUGAAUUCCCUGUCUGCCUGGGUUUUCUUUCAAGUGCCAAGCAAAAGUGUUUUUAUUGUUUAUCUUAAAAACACUGUAGUGGCGGACAUCAUAAUGACCCUGAUGUUACCUUUCAAGAUUAUCACAGAUUCUGGCAUAGGACCAUGGCAGCUGAAAGUUUUUGUUUGUCGCUUUUCUGCAGUCAUAUUUUAUAUAACUAUGUACAUAAAUAUAAUACUACUUGGGCUCAUUGGACUGGACCGUUUUCUAAAGAUUGUAAGACCAUUUGGCCAGAACUGGAUGGACAAUGUGACCCAAGCAAAGAACAUUUCAGCUGCAGUCUGGAUAGUCAUCUUCUUACUAUCACUACCAAAUACAAUUCUGAGAAGUAAAAAAGUAACCCCACAAAGUACUCUAAGUUGUACCUAUCUAAAGACACCACUCGGGAUUAAGUGGCAUGAAGCUGUAAACUACAUCUGUAUGAUCAUUUUUUUGGUUUGUCUUCAUUUCCAUCACCCUUUGUUAUGCAAUAAUUAGCAGAAGGUCUUUGAUUCCUACAUUAAAUCCAAGAGUAAAGGCAAAGCAUCAAGAAAGAAGGCAGGAUUUAAAGUUUUUGUUGUGGUUGCUGUAUUUUUCCUGUGUUUUGCCCCCUUCCACUUCCUGAAGUUGCCAUAUACAUUCAGUCAGUUGGAAUCAUAAGACUGCAGGAUGGAAAACUUGCUGUAUGUAGCUAAAGAAACCACUCUGUGGAUUACAGCCACCAAUGUGUUAAUGGACCCAAUUAUCUACGUCAUGCUUUGCGAGCCUUUUAGAAAGCUGGUACCUGGAUUUAACAGCUCGAACAAUUCCAGCUCAAAAGCAAAUAUAAAAAGUGAUAUAAUUAAAAAUCAAAUAUUCAUGGACAACAGACAUCGCCCCUCCACCACAAAGAAGUAUGAGGAUAUGUUGUAGCAUUUUCAACUAAGCAAGUCUACCCAGUUAUGCAAAUGUGACUUGUAAAUACCAUUUUGGUUAUCUUGCACUAAUGCUUUUCAUAGUUAAUCAUUUAGAUUUAUAAGGAACAUAUAUAAGGAACAUACAUAAAAAUACUGUAAAAUCUGUAUUACACUGACCACUUUUUCGGCAGAUAAUCGCUAACGAGCAUUCAUGCUCAUCUGCCAGUGUAAUACUGCCGCCUA